AUGUAUCUUAGCGGAAUGCUAAGUUAAGGGAUACAGAUAAGGAUAAUUAUAUUUUAGAUACAACUGAUGUCACUCAUUUUCUCAUAAUUAAUACAAAUCCAUAAAUUAAGUAGAUUAUUUGGACCUGAGUUUCUUUAGAAUUUAACCUUGCAAAAUUUCAGGUAUUAUAAACCAUAAAAAUUGUCCAUUCUACCAAAAAAAUGCUAAAUAUAGAUAAAAGUUAGUGUUUGUUAAAUUAAAUUACCCUACUAUAUAGGAAUAAUCAAAAUGUAGAAAAAUGCAUAGUAUUCAGCAGAAUUAUGUGCAUAUGUUGGAAAUAUUUAAUAAUGUCUUAUGGUGAUAAUUUUAUUAAAGCACAAUUAAGUAGAAUAAUUCUAUAGAGCAGAUAAUUAUAAGAGGAAAUUCUGUUCAUAUUAUCCAAAUAAUAUUUGUGAAUUUGAUUAUAGAAAAUUUUGCUCUUUCGCAUAUAUAUUUUGA